UUCAAAAGGACCACACUAGGCUAAAUUCUGGAUCUAGUGAAUGACUUUUCUGGAACGCUGCAUGAUAUAGGCUACUGCGCAAGCCGUUGCCACAGCGGGAUGAAUAUAUUUUCCAGUGGGACAGCCGCGCUCUCACCGGUUCAGUCCACUAUGGAACUUAAAAGGGAUGACUGGCAAAGGACCGAAGGAGAAAGAAAACAUCACAAGUCUCAGCAUGACGGAUGACAGAAGUGCGAUGUUACAUAUUCUGGAGGAACCCCGGAUGCGCGCAGAGGAGGAAAGACUUCGAACUUUCCAAAACUGGCCCGUUGACGCACCAGUUACUUCUGGUGACCUUGCUAAAGAGGGAUUCUUUUUCUCAGGAUCCGGGGAUAAGGUUCAAUGUUUCUGCUGUGGUGGCAUUCUUAGAUAUUGGGUUCAUGGGGACAGUCCACUUGUUGAGCACAAGAGGCACUUUCCAACCUGUAGUUUUGUUUUGGGGAGAGCCGUGGGUAAUAUUCCAUUAUACGUUGCGCCUGGGUCCCCUGACUUGGUUGACGGUCAGUUGUUGAGCCAGCUUCAAAGGAUGACCGUGGAUGACCAAGGAGCGGCUGGACAGGCAGUGUACCCCGAGAUGGAGGGUGAAGAUUCCCGACUGACCACCUAUCAUAACUGGCCCACAGGCGCUUCGGUCCAACCAGAUGUUCUUGCAAGGGCAGGGUUUUUCUAUACAGGUCAUGGUGACAAUGUCAAAUGCUUCUACUGUGAUGGAGGGUUGAGGAACUGGGAACCAGGGGACGACCCCUGGCAGGAACAUGCCAAGUGGUUCCCACGAUGUGAGUUUCUGAUACAGACGAGAGGGCGGGAGUAUGUCAGUAACAUUCAGGACAACCACUUCCACAUUGGUGAAACCGUGGGUGGAUCUCAAAUGCCCAUAGCCAGAGACAUCAACUCAGGAAACGAUGUGGGAGGCCUGGCAGCUUCGUCGGCCAUGCUGUCACCUGUAGUUCAGACGGUCUUGGGGAUGGGCUUUGAGGCCAGCCUGGUGGAGAGCCUGGUCCAGACCAAGUACUUACUGACUGGGCAGCACUACAUCUCUGUGUCUGAACUGGUGACUGACGUCCUGCAGGCAGAGGAUGACGACAGGCAGAGAGGACCACAGAGCAGAGAGCCAGAGGUUAGACAGGGACCCAGCACAGGAGGGGUGAGGACACAGACACUGGGCAGGGAGAAAGCAAUGAGGGAGCCCAGUCCAGAGGAGCUGCUGCGUCAGUUGCAGGAGGAGCGCACCUGUAAGGUGUGUAUGGACAAGCUGGUGUCCAUCGUCUUCAUCCCCUGUGGACACCUGGUGGUGUGUAGCGACUGUGCCACCAGCCUGCGCCACUGCCCCAUCUGCAGAGCUGUCAUCAGGGGCAGUGUUCGGGCUUUCAUGUCCUGAGGCACACUACUCACCACAGUACCAACAACUAGCAUCUUUCAGAUUACUUUCAACGGGAGAGGACAACUGCACCCCUUCUAAAUAGUCAUGUUAGCUUAUUAGAAGAAUCAUCUCAGGAUACUAGUUACCUUACAUUUCCAUCUAACCUAAGUCACUCUGCUGUUGAGAUUCCUAUUCACACCACCAACACAAUUCUGUUAAGAUGUCUGUGUUUGAUUUCAAGUGAUAAGAAUAAACAUAUGUGCAGUGUAUGAAUACUAGUGUUUUGUCUUUACUGAAAUCUUUGCACACAUGGGAAGCAUGUGAUCUAAUCAAUUUGACAAUUCAUUUGCAUAACAUAUACACAGCACCACAUUCCUCCCACAAACAAACCAAUGUCGUUAAAAGUACACAUUUCUUAUUUAAUAGCAAACAGCUAUUUACAUUAACGCAAAUCACUGUGUUGGCCAAAUCGGAUUACACCACUGGAUCACAUGGAUCUGGGACUACAGAGGACAUUAAACAUAGGAGAGAGUCCUAUACAAUGGAACAGAAUGACCUACAAACGAGGAAUUUAUUUUCAGUUAUACCCAGUCCUCAACCACCAUCCCAACUACACUGUAGCUGUUUCAGUUUGCAUGGAUGAGCUGGAUUCCAAGUUUACCUGUGUUGAUACAUGGGACUGUUCAAGGAUCUCUAAUAUUUGGCAAGAUUAUAGGGCUAGUGUUUGCUACUUAGUAAUAACCAUGGCCAUAAACAUUUAAUGAAAGUAUUGAUAGACCUAUUAGUUGUUGCAACAUUAAUAUUGCACAUAUAAAUGUGACAUUUUGACCCCAAACACCUACAGUUGCUUGCCAGUUAACUAAAAUAUAUGUACAUUACAAUGUGUUAAAUUUGUGUUUGAGCCGAAGUUAACAAUCUUCACAGUGACAAGUCACCAUAAAGGUCAAUUAAGCAAGUUGGAAUACAUCAGUGAUUUUCAAACUUUCAGUCUAGACGAGAAGCUUUGGCAGUGAACACAACUGACCAUCACACAUGGAUGUUUACCGCAGGUGUUUAGACAAAGAACAACCAAACAGUAUGCUUCUCAUGUCCUCUGUUCAAGGACCCUUUGAUGAAGUAAAAAGCAUAGCUUUGAUUAAAAAA